AUGCUCGCAUCUCUCCUCUUCGCCCUUGUCACCGCUGUCGCUGUCAAGGCCGAAGGACAGGGCCUCCAGUGGCCCACAAAGGAGGACGGCGACUACGCACUCAUCAGCACCCCCGCCCCGGCUGGCCGAUACCCCUACGAGGGCUUCAAGAAUGGUCGCACCGUCAACCUCCGCACGCCCGACCAGACCCGCUCCUGGAUCUUCACCGAGGGGCAGUCAGGCCCGAUCCGCACCACGCACACGGCAGAGGACCCCGCGAAUGGUGGCAAGGUGCACCUGUGGCAGUGCUACGACGGCCUGAAGCAGCAGCAGUGGACGGUGCACAACGGCUCCUUCAUUGAGUUGACGGGUACCGGGCUCUGUCUCGACGUCACUGACGGGCACGCUGUCCCGACCACGUACCCUCCCGGAGGACCGAACAAGUGGCCUACAGGUGGACUGCAGCUGUGGGAGUGCGCAUGCAACGACAACCAGAAGUUCAUCACUGUGGCCAUGUGA